UAUUGCUUUCUUUACAGAUUAAAAUGGGCUGCUUCACAUUUGUCAAAGUUAUGAUGGUUUUGUUCAACUUGUUAAUCUUGCUGGGGGGUCUGGCACUGGCUGCUGUGGGAAUUUGGCUGAAUGCGGAAGGAGAUUCGUAUGUGCACAUUCUGGGGAUAUUUUCCUUGGACGUGGUGCGCUUUGUCAAUGUUGGCUUCUUCUUCAUUGCCAUUGGAGGUGUGAUGGCCCUGCUGGGAUUUCUAGGCUGCUGGGGAGCCAAGAAAGAAAGCAAAUGUCUUCUGAUAAUGUUCUCCUCCAUCAUUCUGGUCAUUUUCAUCUCAGAAGUGACAACUGGAGCGGUUAUGCUGACCUAUUCUUCAUUACUUGAGAGCAUCCUAAAGGAAUGGUCCACACCUGUCCUGAAGGGUCAGUAUGGAAAAGAUAAAGUGCUCACAAACAUGUGGAACACGACCAUGACGGAGCUGCACUGCUGUGGCUUUACCAACUACACAGACUUCAACGACUCAUAUUAUUAUGAGGAAAAUGAUGGUCUGUAUCCUCCCACCUGCUGUACAAUCACAGAGUUCCUCUGUGACAUGAAUGGAGCACUGAACAGUAAGAUACAGGGCUGUUACAGACAACUUAUAUUGGGCAUUAAGAAGAAAAUCUACAUUGUCACAGGAGUAGCAGCAGGAGUCUGUGGAGUUGAGCUGGCAGCGAUGGCUUUAUCACUGUACCUGUACUGUUCUCUUGACAAACAAGAGGGUUGAGAGACCUGUGCCAUCUUCAUGUGCCAUGUUCCGAUUUUUAAAUAGUUAUUUUUAGGAAAGUUCACAUACAGAUAAUGUAUGUAAACUUGAAAGCCAAGACUUUUAUCUUUGAGGUUUUUGUACAUUUAUCAGAGUAAGAGAUCAGACCAAACAAAGAGGUUAACAGAUGAAUAAAAGCACUAAAUGAUGGAAUAGGUAAAAAAAUAAAUAUGUAAUGUUGCAUUUGCUUGAUGUAUAUGCUUUAUAACUUUACAUUACAUUACAUUACAUUUGGCAGACGCUUUUGUCCAAAGUGACUUACAAUAGUCAAGUACAAUGUAAAAUAAGUUUAAAGGUAAAACAUCUUUGGAUAGGGAUAAAAGGAGGUCAAAGGGGAAUAAUAGGAUAGAG